AUGGACGAGGAAAUAUUAAACAAGUUCGCCACCAAGAACAGCAUAAACAACAUCCCGUAUAGUAACUUCUUCGUCGCGCAUAAGAGGAACAUGCUGGAGGACGAGUACGCCAGUAGGGACAACUUUGGUCAUGUGAACAAACGAGCCAAAGUAUCGCUCUUUGAUAAUUUCGAAUCACUGAAGAAGCAAAGGUUAAGUGAAAAUGACGUCUGCAUAGACCACUUUAAGGACAUGGACAAGUACAUCAACCAUGUAAAGGAGUUAAGAAGUAUUUAUAACUUCCUCUUCAGUGAUCAUUUAACCAACGAACAUGACAUUUUGCACGUGAACAGAAAAUUUUGCACCAUACAAUGUAAUGAUAUUAUCGACAGGAAUAUUUGUUUUGAGAGUUCAGCGGAGAGGUGCAGUAGUGGGCUAUACAGUUUUGCCAAGAGUGGAGUGAGUGGCAGCAACGAUGCGCUCAUAAAGAAGAAGGGGGUGGGUGAAAUGGAGGUACAUGAAAUGGGUGUGGAGGAGAAGAAUGUAGACUGGAGAAGAGGUAGGGGGGAAAAUGUUCACACCGUUAACGGCGAUAAUAGAAUUGAUAAUUACCACAGUGGAGAUGAGGAAAAUUUCGGAGGUCCCCCUUUAGGAAGGAAUAGAAUCCCUUCUUUUGGAAAAAGAAUACUUAAUAGCGUAUCGAACCAAGUACUGUACAUCGAUGACUUGUCUUCAUAUGACAUUCUGCUUCUAGUGUCCUUAGUCACUCAGUUGCAAAAUGAACAAAGGGAAAAUGAAAAAGAAGAAAAAAAUUUAGAGGUGUUAGCAAACAUUGACGAAUUUCAAGUGAAUGCACAUUCACUAAAAGAAAUUUUUAGAAGCUACUUUAAAGAAAAGGCUUUUCAAUGUUUUACGUGCGGAUUACGAUUCAGCUCCAGCUUAGAGAAGCUAAACCAUUUGGAAAAUCAUUACGAAAAAAGUAAAUACUACACAAAUACUGGCACAGAAAAACCAGGUGCCAAUAGGAACAGAAAAAAAAUUAUUUAUUUAGAUCAUAUGAGUAUAUCUAUUGAAUUUUUUAUAUGUAAAGAGUACUCCAUUUUUGAAGAUGUGUAUGAAAAUAUAGUUACGAAAAAUUGUAACUCCUUUAAUUAUAAUGCCAAGUGGGAGGCGGACCGGAAGACCAUCCAUGUGGAGAGGAAUUACGAGGGUGUGGAUGAUUCGGCCCUUUUGAAGAAUGCCAAGAGGGACAAUCAUGAGGCCAAUUUUGCAUCUUGUACGAUCGGUUGGACAGAUGGGGAGGAACCUGGUGAUGUAGAAAAUGCCUAUGGUGUGGAUCCCAACUCGGUGGCACAUACGAAGAACGCAAACAACGUUCCUCAAAGUAAAAGAGAAAAACGCCCUGAAACGCUCGCUUUUUAUAUAUCUGCUUAUGAGGGGCAGAAAGUGAAGGCAGCAGAAGACGCGUGUUUCGACAAAACUGUACAGGACGUGUUCCAUUUUGGAAAAAAGUCCAACGAAAUGGAUAACUUCUUUUGGGCAGGGCGAAAUAACGAAACGCAGAAUAGAACAAAUGAGAAAAAAAAAAAAAAUUUGCAUAAUGUAGAAAAUGAUGAUAAUGAUUCUUCCUCAGAUAAUGACAACAACGACAAGAGGAACAAGAACAAAAGCGGUAGUAAUGACGAGGACAACGAAGGGGAAAUGAACUUUUUUGAUUUUAUAUAUGGAAACCAAAACACAUAUGAUGUUAACCUGUCCAAUUAUUACACCGUGACUGAAGAUAACAAUGUGCAUAUAAACUACAUAGAUGGAGAAAUCAUGUUUAAAAAUAUUUUGAAGUGCUUAGAGAUAAAGGAUAUUAAGAGUUAUGUUUUUCCCUCCUGGAUCCCUCGAAGGAGCAUACAAAAUUUUUUAGUUAGACCUCUUAGGGAAAUGUAUGGGCAGGAAGUCACUAGCAGUAACUCAUUUGCGAAUCUUGCAGGCGCCAAAGGGAUGGGCAAUCUUUUUAUGAACAAGUCAGCCGCGGAAGAUGCUUCGCUUGGAAACAAACUAGCUGUGCAGAGUAACGUCUGGAAUUUGUGCACAAGUGGGGAGUUUUAUGUGAGCAAGCAGCUGGUUCCCAUGAACGUUUUUUUUUCCCUCUCAAAGAUGGGCGGUCGUGACGGCAAGCGCGGGGAAGUCUCCAACCGGAGUGAAUACCACGAGGGGGGUUACGUGGCUCGUGCGGGAGAGUUCCAAAUGGAGGCGGUCAAUUGUGCACAACUACCUCAGGACGUGAAUGUGAAGGUUAGUGACGAGUGGGGAGAACAACCCGCGGAGGGAAACUCCAACCGAAUAGAUGGACUCAGUAAUAAAAUGCACCUUUCCAAAGACGCCAUGGAGGGAGGGCAUCUUAGGGGAUUGGGAAGCACAGACUACUCUAUGGACCAUGUCGCCGUGUGCUCCUAUCGCGAACGUAACGAACCGCUUGAACAACAGCAGAAUAACGAGGAGCAGAUGAUAAUGCGCUCGUUCCUGCACAUCUUCGAUGAAAAGUACUUUGCACAAACGAGCGCCUUCAAGGAAAUUUUUCUCUUCUACCUGAGAAGUAAUUAUUUUGAAAUGACCCAUCACUUGAGCAACCAAGUUAAUUUUGACGACAUAGAAGAGAAACUAUAUAAUUAUAUACAAAAUAAUUUUACACAGAACAUGCCCAUAUUCGAUACGAAUAAUUAUCAACCAAAUGAGUGUUUUCUGUGUAGAGAAAAACUUCUAUUUGAUUAUUCAUAUGAAUACAAUGACUUUUACUACACGGAUGCUGUGGCCGUGGACUUGAAUAACCUGCUCGAGGAUGAGGACGACAGGGACGAAGCGCACACGUACACCUUUUCUUUCAGUGCUAACAGAAUUGACAAACUGAGCGAUAGGUGCAUUUAUAACGAUCCAAGUUACGACAUAUUGGACAACGGAAUUAGGGAAGCAGAAAUUUUUUUCCAAAAAAUGCAAAAUGGAGAAGACGCACAUUUGGGUAAUGCAGUGAGCCAAUUGGAGGAAGAAAAAAAUGGUACUACUACUCCAAAUGAUGGUCACGUGGAGGAAAAGAACAAAACGGUUUACAGCUCAGUACAUAUGAAUGAGCUGCUCGAAAAUAUAAAAAAAAUAAUUGGUGAAAAUUGUGUAUUGAAAAGAACAAUCAUCGAGUCAGCUUUAAAAUAUAAUAGCCAAAUGAAAAAUAUGAACAAGAAAAAAAAAAAAAAAAAAGAUGACCAUAUUCAGCAUUACAAUAAUUUAUUUAAAAGUUUUUGUAUUCCAUAUGAAACUGUUAGCAUUCUCCAUGACAUACAGAAGGAAAAUCAAAACAGGAACAGCGUUAACGUUAAUAAUGUUUCCCAAUUUGAUAUUAACCAUGAAUAUGCAAAUGACGAAAUUGACGAUUUUGUGAAUUAUUUCGAAAAUGUCACGCAACAAGUGACCAAUUCGCUCUUCGAAAAUAUGUACAAAGGUAAAAAAAUGGAUAAACAUAUUUUCACAGACAUGACAAAUUGCUAUAUAAAUGACGAUAAUGAGAAAAAGGACAAUUUUACUCAUAUGUAUUUCCCGUCCAAAAAUUAUUUGCACACAGACUUCACUUAUUUUCACCAUCAGUGUUUUAAAAAUUAUGUACACUAUUUUAUUUUCCCAUACUACUUCUUAACCAAGUUGGAUGAUCACCUUUUUAAGAAAAUUGUUGUCUCUGCUGUGAGGCAGUUUUUCAAGGCGUAUCAUCGUAUUUGUAAAUUUGGCACUUCUGAGAUGAAGCACACGGGGGGAAGUCGUCUUUGUGCAAAGAAAAGGCCGACUCCUAAGGCAGGGCAGCUACAACGGAGGAAGCACUUUUAG